AUGACUUGCGGGUGUGGGAAAUGGCAAGGAUCAGAGAUCCCUUGCAAGCAUGGUCUAAGGGUCAUUUACAACCAGAGACUUGACCCUAGGGACUUUGUCUCACCUUUCUACAAGGGGGCUGCAUACAAACUCACUUAUGGAGACCACAUCCACCCCACGGCUGAUCCAACUCACUGGCCUUCACUAGAUGUGCCAGAAAUUGCACCACCCCAAGGGAAAAGAAAUGCUAGCAGACCACCUAAGCAAAGGAGAAGAGCUACUCAUGAAGCAAAAAAAGGAAAGAGGCAUAAGAAUAACAAAUGCAGCCUAUGCAAAGAACUAGGCCAUAAUGCAGUGACAUGCAAGGCAAAAAAGGCAUCAUCAAAGAAGGAAGCACAUGCAGCUUCCUCUUCACAGCAAGGCAACACAAAGGGGAAGAGAAAGGCUGCUACUUAG